AGUACAGAGUACAAGAUGGCGAAUAGAAGUAGGACUGAAUCGUACGUGUGGACAGACCAUGAGGUGGAAUUAUUCCUCAACCUAACACUGGAAUAUAAAACGGCAAAAACACAAGAAAACGUGGACUGGGAGACUUGUCAGGGGAAAUACGCUGACAUUCACGCUCUUUUUUUAGAGCAGUACCCCUCUGAAAAGUCACAAGAAUUUCCUCAUCGCAAGGAGGAUAUAACCAGGGCCAUCAUCACCACCAAGAUGAAGGCAAUAAGGGGGAAGUAUAGGCAAGCGGUAGACUCCGGUCGAAAAAGUGGUCAUGGUAGAGUGGUCCUACUAUACUUUGAGCUGUGUGAACAGAUAUGGGGUGGCUCGCCAGCGACUACUGCCAUUCCGUCAGGUAUAGAAACAGCAGAUGUUGACACAGCUUCUCACCGUUCGGAAUCUGCAUCUACCUCGUCUGCACCUGACAUCUCGACUGUUGAACUGUCAGAUGUGUCUGAUCAAGCACAGUCUGGGGAUAGCGAUUUGCCCACUUCUGUGGUAAAGGAACGAAGAGAUCUGCUUAAUGCAAAACUCAAGGGCCACAGACAGGACAGACUUAAAAGAAGACUUUCAACUGAGACACAGCUGCUGAAUGUUGCCGAGGUGGACAUACAGAUGAAGAAAAGAAUUCUGGAUAUGAUGGAGACAUCUGAGAGGCGAGCUUCUGAACAUUACAGUACAUUGUCAGUCACUCUUGAGAGACUUACAAGUUCAAUUGCAGAUGGAUUUUCACUGCUAAGACAAGCCAUGCAUCCACCACCACCACUACCUUUCAACAUGCCACCAUACCAUGGUGGGCACAUCUAUCCAUGUGCACCAUCACCACACACCGUAUCUGGCACAUUUCCACCCAACACUACCAUAAAUGAGCAGCCAAGCACCGCAACUAGCUCACCCUUACCUUUGCAGGGAACAGGGGAGUUUUCCUUCACACGAGCACUUAUGGAGGAUGAUAUUUGAAAUAAUCUGCAUCAUUACUUUUGCUGGGCAGUAAAUGUAAAAAAGUAAAAGUAAAGUGGGAUGCUGUUUGGGCUGCAUCUGUACAUUUUAUUUCAUUAUUUUAAUUUAUUUUCAUUAUGCUUUAUGUUAAAACGUUGAAAAUAUGUUUAGGUUUUUUUUUUGCAUUUUAAGAAUGCUCAACUGUUUACAUGUUAUGUGUUCCAUUAGCUGUUCUGCAGCUCCAAUGUUUUAUGUUUAAAACAGCUGUUAAAUGUAAGAGGUCUUCCUUGU